UUCAGGCAGUGUAAAUAAACGCCGGCUGGCGUCGACCGACGGCGCCGCCAGCGCAGCCGGUCAGUGGGCCGCCGGCGGCCGAGCGACGCCAUGGGCUCCGCGGCGCUGCCGGCGAUGACGGUGUACGUGAAGGCGGGCGCUGACGGGCGACGGCCGGGCGCCUGCCCCUUCAGCCAGGCGGUGCACAUGGCGGUGCUGGCGGCUGAGGCGGCGGGCUUGCUGACCUGCGGUGACCCGGUGCCCGUGUCGGUGGUGCGGCCGCCUGAGGCGUUCGCGCGGCUCGGCCUCAAGCACGUGCCGGCGGUGGUGUGCGGCCAGGUGGCGCUCGACAACGCCGACGACAUCGCGCUGUACCUGCAGCAGGCGUUCCCGGGCGCCGGCCUGGCCUACGUGUGCCCGCAGGCUGAGCUGGCCACGGCCGGCGUCUUCUCUCGCUUUUGCUUCUACAUGAAGGCGGUGAGCCGCGACCCCAGCCACCUGGAGGCCGAGCUGCGCAAGCUGGACGCCUUCCUGGCGGAGGCGCCCGGUCCGUUCCUGUGCGGCGCGCGGCUGACGCAGCUCGACUGCGAGUUGAUGCCCAAGCUCCAGCACCUGCGCGUCGCCUGCGCCGCCAUGAAAGGCUACACCAUCGGCGUGGAGCUGGCGCACUUCUGGCGCUACAUGCACUGCGCCUACUCGGAGCCGGCGUUCGUGCGCUCGUGUCCGUGCGACCAGGAGAUCGUGCUGCACUGGGCAGACCGGCCCGAGACGGACAAGCUGUCGUUCGAGCGGCACAAGGCGCUCUCGCGCGAGAAGGCCAAGUACUCGCUGGACGUGCCGGUGCGGGCGGCCGUUUGCACGCUGGUGGACUGAGGCGUCGCCGUGUCACCGAUCGCGGUGCUUCCGGGUGACCGCCCCGACCGCUGCGGUGGCCGCGGCCGCCCGGGCGCCCGGUCCGGCGGGCUAGUCACUCGUCAGUGCCGGUCCCCCCUCCCCCCGCACCCCCACACCCCUUGCCGCCGCCCGGGCCGCGGCCGGUCUUCGGCGCAGUCAGCUGGCGUCGGGACGGCACGUGACCGGCCGACCGGGAGCCGGCUGCGCCUCUUCUGCCCCGGGCACCGGAAACGCCGCCCAUGGGUCGGCAUAAUCGCGCAUAAUUGAGGGAUAGCCGAGCGCUGUGCGUGCCUUUGUUGCCGGCAGUGACUCAAAAAAUGGCCGAGCGUGACCCCGUGUGGUCCGGUGGCCGACUUCCGUGAUAGCGAGGUAGCCCGUCCCGCCCCAGGGCAGAUGAUGACCGGCUUGGUCAGCCGUUUGACUCAUGUGCGCCGCCGAGCUUCUGAUAGCUUGCCUGAUAUUUGAAGAUCCGAACGGAUAGCAGAGCUUAUUUUUUUAUAACGCUGUUUUAGGCUGCGGAGCGUCGUGUUCUUGUCCGCUAUAACCAGCGUGGAACUGAUGUGUUAAUAAACGGCAUUGAUGCCUG